GUUCGUUUGUUGGAGACGCUGCCUAGUAUCUUCCAGAACAGAGGAAUGCUGCUCCAAGAUCUCCUGAUGCCAUUCACUCUAAGUUGUUGGCCUUUCUUCAUCGGUCACUGCCUUCUCUCACUGUUUCUACUCUCGUGCCAGGUAAGGACCACGGUCAGGUGCACGACUCGUCCGUUGACACAGCUCAGAACCAGAGGUUGAUUUACUGACGGACUGCGGUCCGGAGCAGUGGAGCAGACCGUGUCUUAGUCAAGUCCCGUCCGCCUCAGGCUGUCACCGUAAUCACUACUGUGCAAAAGUCCGAGACAAGCGGUAACACUGUGUUGUUGCAGCCAAGCCUGACUAUUCUAAUUAUUUACAGCCUCUCCAUGAGAUUCAACCAUCAAACAAUUGGCAAAUAUUUACAUGAAACACGUACGCUACAUUGAAAUGACAGUGUCGUCUGCAAAUGUGUUGUGUCAGGGCUUGUUCAGCACUUCUUGGAGUUCUUUUUUUUUCUCCGUCUAGUACAGGGUGUUAAACUCAUUAUCACCGGAGGGGGGUGCGGGGGGGGAGGCACAUCAGCACUAAAGUUCCCCUUAAAUGACCGGUUCUGAAAUUGAUUAUUAUUUAUUCAAUUCAUAAAUAUUUUGUCGUAGGUGUGUUUUUAAUAUAUAUAUUUAUCAGGUUAAGAAACUCUGCUGUAUAUACUUUAUUAAAAGUGAUGACUUAGAGGGCCGCAUUUGGCCCCCGGACCUUAAGUUUGACACAUCUCAGAGAUGCCACUGCUUCGUGGCCUUUGGUUUUUAAUACCUUUAAUCCACUAGAGACUUCUCUCUACUCUCCUCCCCUUCGGAGAAAGUUCAUCAUUUCCUGCUCACUUCUAACCAUAUCCAGAAAACAUCUGGGCACAAACUGUAGGAUCUGGGUUUACCGAUCACGUAUUUCCAACAUAAGGAGGAUCUGGACCGCAGGCGGGCCAGACUCACCAGUAAUGCCACUCAUUUCAUCAUCGUACAUCUUCCUGAAAUGUAAAGUUACAUCACUGUUUCCUCCACAUCUAUAUAAAUCCUUAAAGCCUACGCUAUUGAUUCACCUCCACACCAUCGCAGAUGCCCACUUUUCCACUUUUCAAGGAAUAUUCUCUGCAGAUGAUGCAUGUACGCCCAUUAUUUGCUACUUCGAGCUGAGACGCGGUAGAGGAUGGAUGCUUAGUCCAUUCCUGCGUGCAAAAACAGAGCCUUUGGAGGAUGCUCCUUUUGAGCUCCCCUUAAGGUUUGUCAGUAUAAUACCAAAUAUAUUUUAUUUUUCAUUUAGCCUGUUACAGUAUGGUUCCUGUGGACUGUCAAUAGAGACUAUUAGUGGAUUUAAAUACUAUGAAUUAUCAGUGUUUCUGAUCUUAAAUUUUAAAAGGGCUUUGUCCAGAUGCAGUCCCAGAAGCUGACUGUCAGAGAAGAAAGUGUCUAAGAGACUUCUGAGCUCAUGGUCUAGACAGUCAGUAUGUCCUAAAACGGUCCAUUUUACGACGAUACAAAUUGUUGUUGCAUUUCAAGCUUCAGAUUCCACCCCCAGUUGGGAUUUUUAUUUACAUUAUAAGAACUGAAACAUUUUUGUAAGGUUUGUCAUAGCACUGCUGUGAUUUCAGAACAGCUGGCUGAGUCUGGAGUUUUCGCAGUAUUGUGUAAUACAUGUACAUGCACUGCACAUACUAGGUGCUGAGGUAACCAUCGCCAGGGAACACCUCGCAGGAGCUCCUCACAUGCAGAAUUUCCAGUAGGGCAUUUAGAAACGUGUGCGUCUGCAGGUACACUCACACUCACACUCACACUCACACUCACACUCACAGCCACAGCCACAGCCACAGUCAGUCGUCCCUCUGUAGUGGCCAUCUGUGUUGGCAUGAUAACAAUACUCAGUUAUCCCAGCAGGAUCCCUGCAGCAGGCAUAUGUUAGUGAUGAGUAUUCUCACCUCUGCCCCGCGCUGCUGCCUACAGAUAGUUGUGAGCUGUUGUUCACACUCGGCGCUGUGUUGCCAGGGUUCAUGUGUAAUAUGAUCUGCCUGAGUUCCAAGUCCACCUACACACACACACACACACACACACACUCCUCAGGGCAGUCUGCUGCCCACUGUCUGUGGGUGGUUUCUUGCAGGGAGUGUUCUGCAGCCGCGGACGUGCUACUAUUGAGCAUGUGCUACAUAAACAGCAGCCCCAGUGACAACAACAACAGAACUGGAGCUGUGAUGUGGAGAGAGUGCGUCCACAGAGGACGUCCACAGAGCAGAGGAGAACUCCAGAGGUCAUGCUCACGGACUUUGGCUGAGAAAGUAAGUGAACAGUGCCAGCUGGCAUGCCACUGUAGGAGAUAUCCACCCUUCCCUCCUCCACCACCUCCACCUCCUCCUCCACGGCUACUGGGCCCCCCAGAGCCCGAACCCAUGGUGCCCUUGUUGCCUCCCUGGUGGAUGGAGAUGGACUUUAUAGUCCUGGGAACAGUGGGCUGUGCUUCAGUGGUGUUCCUGCUCUCAGCCAUCAUCAUCUGCUACAAGGCCAUCAAAAGGAAACCACUACGCAAAGAAGAGAACGGGACGAGCCGCGGGGAGUACGCCAUGAGCAUCCGCAACAAGAAGUCCAUGGGUACCAACAACACUGUGGUAUAGACUGUCUCCUAGUGGACACGGGAAGUGACAUCAUCACUACCAUCUCUCACGUGACUUCAGAUGCAACAAUCGCUUCUCAUCCAAAAUGCAACAGGGUUUUAUUUUAUUUUCCUACCCCAGUGACUCGAUACGUUCCCUCUUGGCUUGGCACGUGGCCCGGACUGAAGACUCUAUUCUGCUCAAGAGGAGCCGUAAACGACGGAUGGGGGAAAAAAAUGAAGGCCAAAAUGGGGGGAGCGAAAAAGCUACAACCCCCCCUGGUGUCCACAGUGGCACAGCAGGCUGAACAUUAUACUCUGAAUAACAACAAGUGUUGCUGACAGGCUGGUUGGCCGCUGGCUGGAGAGGAGCUGUCUGCCAGUCCGCCGCAGAUCCAGACCUCACACACUGUUGACAUCUGCAACGGAGCAACAGACAAUGCAGCGGCUCCGCAGUCUCAUGGGGGGGUCCCCACAGGACAUGACCUGACACACACACUCAUACACACACACACUCAAAGUAACAUGCAUGCCGUUUUUAACAGAGAAUGCAAAUUUUUUUAUAUUCCACUCAUCACACUGUUCGUCCUUCAGUUCUCCACGGAGGCUUCGUGAGAGCCGCAACGUUACCGUUGGUCCUGGAGCUGAGUCGUGGAUUCAUCUGACUAUGCAAUUUAGAGAAAUUCAUAUUUGAAAAAAAAAAGGGGGGGGGGGGGGUGUUAAAAGAGAAGCAACUACAUCGAACGGCGACUUCUUGUUAUUUUACCAUGCCAAAAAAUGCCACUAAAGACUCACUGUAAUAUACUUCAGUCUUUCAUCCAUUUAUUUGCUGUGUUUAUUUACCAACAUUUGAAUUUAUUUUUCUACUUAAACGGAAGAAGAAGACUUGUCUUGUGAGUUACCGUUUUGCAUCAUGAAAAAAAACGAAGACUUCUGGAUGAAUUUCAUUGUUUCCUAAAAGCACUGUUUUAUAACUGAAUAGAUUUUAAAACAUAAUCGUACACCCCCCCCCCCAAGUUAGUACACUUUAAAAAAAAUGCAAUAAAAUACUACAUUUAGUGAUGCACUCUUAAUGUGUUAAACAUUUUUAUUUUAUUUUUUAUUUUUUUUACAAAUGUUUGCCUCCGGCAGACUCCAAAACUAGUAGGGCAAUCAUGGGGUAACUCUUUAAUUCCAGGGGUCAACAGGUGAGGGCGGGGCACACUGUGGGCAGUUAGCUAGUCCAAUGUAGGGCCAUGUGUAGCGACAACCAAGGCAGAAACAGGAAGAACAUUCAAGCUCCAUACAGAAAGACUGGGGUUGGAACCGGCAACCAGUACUGAUAUUAUUGGAAAAUAACUGUUGGGACGUUGAAAGUGAAAAUGACAUUAACACAAGACAUUUUGUGACAAAUUUUAACCAAAUUAGCUUAAGCCUGUAGAAUUUUACUGCGUUCCUGCGCAACGUUGAAAUAUGACUUCCCCUGUGGUGUGUUAGGUGUAAAUGUCUUCACAAAUCAGUCCCACAGCCAUGUGAUUAUGUGCCUCCUGGUACUGGAUAAUGGUGGUUUCUAAUGCAGCACUGCCGCCGAGGUCAGAGGUCAUGCAGCAGCAGUUUCCUCCAUCGACCCUAACGCAGAAAUGUCUCAUGACUUCCUGAAUAUUUUUAAAAAUACAUAAUCAACUCUAGACUGUGAGAGAGAGACAGAGAGAGGCAGAGAGAGACAAAGGGGAAGAAGAGAGCAAGAAAGAACGGAGAUAAGAGAGAGAGAGAGAGAGAGAGAGAGAGAGAGAUGGGUGAGUACUGUGCUCUCCUUUGCCCUAGUUGUUUUGGAGAGUGUUGGAGCCGUUACUCUAAAAUGAUUAAUUAACAUCAUUUAACAAAGUCAUUUUUUUUUGCAUUUUUCUUCCUAAAUGUGGAUUAAUAUGAAUUACCAAAGGAGGGAUUUUGAUUUGGACUUUUUAGGAAAUGUACUAACAUAAACCGGGGGUGUGUAGUUUGCGACGCUCCAGUGCUAAGAGCCUGCUGUCGGUUUGUUUGUCGGUUUGACGCUGAUGCAGAAAACUUGCUUGCUCUGCAGAGUUUUGCCGUGUGCAACUGUUUUGUCUCUGGUGGUUUGUUUCCCCCUGUGUGGAUGUGUGUUAUUUCUGUGCUCCGUCGUACGCCAGCCUCCGUCUCUGGUUCAUGUCAAGACGACCCCGUCUCCCAUCACGUUCCGUGUGCCGUCACAGGUCAGCCGAGUCCCGGCCAGAUGCCUUCAGAAGGGGUUGACAAUCUUCACUUGUCUCCGUUCUGUCAAGAAGGGUUCGGUCCAUCACUGCAGGGACAGGGGACACGGACCCCGGGCUGACCCUGUUACUGGUGAGAGACAGGAGACUGAACCGACAGCCAGGGAUCAGGUUACACAGGCUGAGGACGGCCUGAGCAGAGCAGGGUGUUAGUCACUGCUGUCCUCCACCGACGUCCUCCAGGUCUCUGCCUGAAAGAAAAACAAAAGUGAGCUGGAGCAUCAGUCGACAGAGAAUCUGUGUCUGUCUGGACAUUUGGUCUGUCUGUCUGUCUGUCUGUCUGAAUGUCUGUAUGUCUGUCUGUCUGAAUGUCUGUCUGUCUGUCUGUCUGUAUGUCUAUCU